UUCAAAGCACUUUUUAAAUUCAGUUCGUAUAUAUACAGGUCGCAAUAUGAUGAGGAUUAUGAUUUAUUUAGUUAUGUAUAACAUUUCUAACAUGAUUGAGUGUAAACAAUUCAUACGUUUGUCCGAUUGUGAUAUCAAAUAUGUUGUUAAAAAAUCACUGGAUGUAAAAUUAGCCGAUUGUAAAAACAAAGGACUGAGUUUUAUACCUCAGAAUUUACCGGGAGAUAUCAAUGUGCUAGAUCUUAGUUCGAACCAAUUAACAGCUAUUAAAAAUUAUUCUUUCGUUAAUUAUAAGGACUUACAGGAACUGAUUUUAGGAAAAAACCAAAUUGAGGAUUUAUCUAGUGAGUCAUUUAAAGGAUUAUACAAUCUUGAUGCGCUUGACAUGUCUCAUAACAUGCUUGAUUUAUCAAAAGCAUAUUCAGCGGAAAUAUUUCUUCCAAUUAAAAACUUAACAAGAUUGGAUAUCAGAAGUAAUAUGCCCCAACCAAUAGAUUUUGAUAAGGUUUUUUUUUAUCCCGACCAUGUAUUUGGUGUUCUGAGUGAGUUGUCAUUCUUAGGAAUUGAUAUGAUGCCUGUGCCAAAAUUUGGAAGGGGAUUCAGUCAUAUUACUAAACUUCGAGAAUUACACUUCCAAUCAUGCUAUUUAGUAAGCCUGUCUAAUACAACAUUCCAAACAUUUUCAUAUUUUGUACAGAAUCUUAGUCUUACAAAUUGUCGACUAAAAGCCGUAAGGACGGAUGUUGAUUCUUUGCUUCCGUUUCCAAAUCUCCGUGUUAUAGACUUUCACGCAACGUUUAUGCAUCUAAGACGAGCACUGCAUUUAUUACACCCGUACAGCUAUUCAAAUCUAACCACAAUAAAUUUUGGUCAUGUUAGUGACGACAGUAUUGAUAGCAGUGAGCUACCUUUUGUUACGACAAUUACACCUGAUAUGAUGAAAUAUCUAAAAACAAUUUGCGUAAAAAAUCUAGAUUUAUCGGAUAAUGGAAUUGUUGAUAUCGAAUCCGGAUCUUUAUUCUCCUUUGAUCACCCGGAAUGUUUACAAAAUAUGUCUUUUAAAAGAAACCGGUUUGCUAUUGUUAAUAAGAGAACGGUUAGUGAUUUUAAUUCUUUUUGCAGAAAAGCUGUUCUAUUGAAAUCGAUAGACUAUUCAUAUAAUUCUGUCAGCUAUAAAAUCGUCAACCCUGUGAUUUCAAAUUUAGAGAUAGAUAAGUCUCAUGGCAGUUAUGCGAUAUUACCAAAAUCACUAGAAAAAUUAGAUAUGAGUUACACAAUACUAAGCACAUACCCUCCGAUAUUCUUUAUAUUUCCUGAAAACAACAACCUCAAAUACUUAGAUAAAUCUUAUCAAAGGACUAAUAUGGUAUUACUUUUUCUUAAAAUUCGAAUAGAAACAUUUAUUUCUACUGGAUUAUACGAAACUGCCUGGAGUGAAAUAAAACGUUUUCCUGGCAAAAAUUUGAAAACCGUUGUAUUGAAUGAGGCUUACCUUAACGAAGGAAUAGAAAAACAAGGAAACCGGUUGUUCGAAGUAUUAUCAUCUGUUGAGUCGUUAGAUAUAUCUCGAAAUGACAUUUGGUAUUUUCCGAACGAGCUUUUAAAACCAAUGCCAAAUUUGUCAAGUUUGUAUUUAGGAGAAAAUUUACUUCAGGCUAUUCCGGUACAGUUGAUUGAUCAUACUAAAAUUAAGGUGCUUGAUUUUAGAAAUAAUAUCCUUACAAGUGUGAGUUCAACCAUUAGAAAUUGGGCAGAUCAGAUGCAAGAACGGCAUGGAAUGACUUUGUAUCUCGAAGGCAAUGCAUUUAUGUGCAACUGCGAUAAUUUAGACUUUAUAAAAUGGAUCAAAAAUACAAAAAUUGACCUGGACAGUCAAACUUAUAAAUGUCAAUUACCGAAUGGAACCGUUACUGAUACACUUACCGCCUACAACUCCUUAUCACACUUGUUUGCGGACUGUAAGAGUACUAUGUGGUUAACCUUUGCUUCAACAUUGUUAUCUACAUGUGUUACAAUCUCUUUACUGCUAGUGUUGUAUAGUAAGAGAUGGAAGAUUGCCUUCUCUAUCUAUGGCGUAAUUCAGCGUACUAUUGAAAAAAAAGUUCGCAAAAGAUACAAGUACGACGUGUAUAUGUCUUAUGAAGGAGAGGUAGUCGUUUGGAUAAAAAACGUAUUAGUACCAAAACUUGAGGCCGAAUGGGGACUGACCAUGUGCAUAAAAGAUCGAGAUUUUUUAAUUGGUGACAGUCUUUUGGAUACUGAAGCCGAUUGUAUCCAAAACAGUAUGUUCAUUAUUUUCCUCAUCACACACGAUUUCAAAUCGUCACACGAUUUUUUGUUUGAACUCGACAGAGCAAAAUAUGAGAGAGUAACAAAAAAUUUGGAGAAAAUUAUUGUUAUAACAAAAGAUAUUAGAAUUACCGAUAUUCCCUAUGAGUUUUCGUACAUUUGGAAUUAUGCAUAUCUUGUACAAUGGCCGAAGGAUCCAGAGGAUUUAGAUGAUACUUGGAGGAAACUGAGGAUAUUGCUUAACAAUGGGUCAGUUGCUAACAAACAAGUAACUUUAUAAAGAUUUUAACGAUCGGUGAACAUACGAUUGUUUUGUAUCAUUAAAACGGAAAUUUAUGUAUUAACAACAUACAUGUACGAUUAAAAAAAAUCUUGAAUUUCAUGAUUUGAUGACAAAUUUUUGAACUUUUUUUCAGAAAUUCAAUGUGCUAUCUAUGAAAAUAAACUCAUCAUAUAA